GCAGAACCGCGGGUGAUGGCCACGCUCGCCCGGCUGCAGACGCUGUCGGCCGCCGUGGGACAUCAGUACUAUUUUAGGAACAGUGUUGUGGAUACAUUUAGAGAAAAAGAAAACAAUGCAGCAAUCAAAAUCCAGAGCUGGUUUCGAGGUUGUCGAGUUCGGACAUAUAUCAGAUAUUUACACAGAAUAUCAACAGUUAUUCAGAAAUGGUGGAGAAGUUGCUUAGGAAGGAAGUAUUACCGCCUCACCGUGAAGUUAGCGUAUUAUAAUAUGAAGAUGAAUAUCUACAACGAGAUGGCUGUCAGGAUUCAGAGGUGGUGGCGCGGCUAUAAGAUCCGGAAAUACUGCUUCAAUUAUUUUUAUUUAAAGGAAUACCUGAGAGCUGUUUCAGAGACCAAUGAUGCAGUUAGGGAGGCCCUGGACGAGUUCGCGGAGAUGAAGGCGCAAGAAGAGAGGAAGGCGGCCCUGGAGAGGGAGCGGCAGGCGAGGGACCACCAAGCCCGAAAGAUGCAUUACCUCCUCAGCACGAAGCAGAUUCCAGGCAUAUACAACUCGCCCUUCAGAAAGGAGCCCGACCCCUGGGAACUGCAGCUGCGGAAGGCAAAGCCCCUGACGCACCCGAAGCCCAAAGAGAAGCGGGGCCCCCACGCCAGCCCCAGCAGCUGGCUGGCCUGCACCAGCUCCCGCUCCCUGCCUUGCUCCGAAAUCCUGCCGCCCAUCGAUAGGAAACGGUGUCAGGGCCCCUUCCGGGACAUCACCGAAGUGUUGGAGCAGCGCUACAGGCCCCUGGAGCCCACGCUGCGCGUGGCCGAGCCACUCACUGGGCUGAAAGAGGCCAGAACGGAGCUCAGACGCCAGGAAUGCGCAAGAAACGUGCAGGGGAACAUGUUUUUGCCGUUCUCCUGCUACCACAAGAACAGAAAGUACGUGCCAUCGAUGCACUCGUCGAGCAAGUACAGCCCCGAGCCUCACGGGCGUCAGCGUUUCAGAGACGAAAACCCCAAGAAAUGGAUCUGUGGCAAGGAUUUCCAGACGGUGUUGCCGUCGUUCGAUCUCUUCUCCAAGUACGGAAAAGCAUAUUCAAAAGCUGGACAGAUCUUAUAAAGCAACCCUUCGAAGUGGUCACUGCUGCUCCAUGUCUCAAAACGACAC